GGGGUGGCGCGAGCCAUUUUACUGGUUGCUCCGGGCUUGGCCUCUUCCGUGGGCCGCCGCUGCCCGGAGCGCGGGCCCUGGCUCCCCGCCUCAUCCUAGCCCGGCCGCUCUGAGCCUGGGCCAGGGGGCUGCAGCGCCCGCGGUGUUUCCGGGGUAACCAGGGGAGCAGCGCCCUGGGGAGCCCAUCACAGCCCCCGACCCUCGUUAGGACCCCUCGGGGCCGGGCCGCCGCGGUUCUGCGCCUCUGGCCGGCUCAUGAGGGAAGGCAGCGGGUGUACAAAGCCUCUGCGUGGAUCUGCUUAUUUCAGCUCCCCUGCGGCCCAUGUGUGUAAGAUAAAGUAUGCCCAAGAUAACGUUAAAUGGCAUCGCAGUGGACUUUCCUUUUCAACCAUACAGAUGUCAGGAGGAAUACAUGACUAAAGUGCUUGAGUGUCUCCAGAAGAAGGUGAAUGGCAUUUUGGAGAGUCCCACGGGUACAGGGAAGACAUUGUGCCUCCUCUGUGCCACUCUGGCUUGGCGGGAGCAUUUUAAAGAUACCAUCUCGGAAUGGAAAAUUGCACAGCGAAUGAAUGGAGUGGAACUCUUUCCUGACAGACCCAUGUCGUCCUGGGGUGACGCUGGCAAAGAUGCUGAAAUCCCAGCUUAUUACACUGAUGUUCCUAAAAUAAUUUAUGCCUCCAGAACCCAUUCUCAGCUUACUCAAGUCAUCAGUGAGUUAAAGAGCACAGUCUACAGGCCAAAGGUUUGUGUUUUGGGCUCCAGAGAGCAGCUUUGUAUUAACCCUGAAGUUAAGAGGCAGGAGAGUAACCACAUGCAGAUCCACAUGUGCCGAAUGAAAGUGAUGGCUCGUACUUGCCAUUUCUAUAACAAUGUGGAGGAGAAGAGUACAGAGAAGGAACUGACCAACUCCAUCUUUGAUAUUGAAGAUUUGGUUAAAAAUGGAAGCAAGCACAGAGUUUGUCCUUAUUAUCUAUCUCGGAGCCUGAAGCAGCAAGCAGAUAUUAUUUUUAUGCCUUACAACUAUUUACUAGACUCAAAGAGCCGGAGAGCACACAACUUAGAUCUGAAAGGGACUGUGGUAAUACUCGAUGAAGCUCACAAUGUGGAGAAAUUGUGUGAAGAGUCAUCUUCUUUUGACUUGACUCCCUACGACUUGGCUUCGGCCAUGGAUGCUAUAAAUUUGGUCCUGGAAGAACAAGCCAAAGUAGUUCAACAAAAUGAAAUCCAUGCUGAAUUCAAUAUGGAGUUUGCCAGCUCAGGGCUGAGCAUGGAGCUUGAAGAUAUAGCAAAGAUAAAGAGAAUUCUUCUUCAACUCGAAAAUGCUAUUGAUGCUGUGCAGCUGCCAGCUAAUGGAAAUGGAGUCACUAAAGAAGGGAGCUACAUCUUUGAUCUGUUUGCAGAGGCCCAGAUCACAUUCCAAACCAAAACCUCCCUCCUAGAGUCGCUGGAACAGAUUGAACAAUUUCUAUCAGGCCGUACUGGGAUAUUUACCAACACAGCUGGAUUACAUAAACUUUCAGACAUUAUUCAGAUUGUUUUUAACACUGAUCCUCCAGAAGGCACAUCCAGCUCCAUGCCAGUUCAGUCAGUAUCCAAGUAUUAUAAGGUGCACAUUCAUAUGGAUACCAGUAAUCAGAAAAAAACCCAGAGGACAGACCUGUGGAGUUCAUCAGUAACAAAAAAAGAAGGAAAGAUCUUGAGCUACUGGUGUUUCAGCCCCGGGUACAGCAUGCAUGAGCUGGUCCGUCAGGGAGUCCGGACAAUCAUUCUCACUAGUGGGACCCUCUCCCCACUGUCCUCCUUCACCAUGGAAAUGCAGAUCCCUUUCCCCGUUUGCUUGGAAAAUCCACAUGUUAUUGAUAAACACCAGAUCUGGGUGGGGAUAAUUCCCAAGGGACCAGACGGAGGUCUGCUCAGCUCUACCUAUGAAAAAAGGUUUUCUGUGGAAUGUCUGUCUUCUCUGGGGAAAACAAUAGGUAAUCUUGUGCGAAUUAUACCGCAUGGGCUGCUGGUGUUCUUCCCUUCAUAUCCGGUCAUGGAGAAAAGCCUGGACUAUUGGAGAGAACAUGACUUUGCUAAAAGAAUAGAAGAAGUGAAGCCCAUGUUUGUGGAACCAAGGAAUAAAGGAACAUUCACAGAGAUCAUGGAUGCAUAUUAUGAUAAGAUUGUCUGUCCCAAGUCUAGUGGAGCUACUUUCUUGGCAGUAUGUCGGGGAAAGGCCAGCGAAGGCUUGGACUUUGCAGACAUGAACGGACGAGGUGUUGUUAUCACUGGGCUUCCAUUUCCCCCUCGCAUGGAACCAAGAGUCGUUUUAAAGAUGCAAUUCCUGGAUGAAAUGAAAAGACAAGGUUCAGGGGCACAGGGAAGCUGUUGGCUAUUUAAUAACAUGUAUUUAUCCGGGCGUGAGUGGUAUCGGCAGCAGGCUUCCCGGGCUGUGAACCAGGCCAUCGGCAGGGUUAUCAGACAUCGCCAGGACUAUGGUGCCAUUUUCCUUUGUGACCACAGGUUCGUGAACAAUGAUGUAAGAUCCCAGCUGCCCUCCUGGGUCCGCCCUUAUGUCAAGGUUUACAACAACUUCGGGCAUGCAGUCAGAGAGGUCUCCCAGUUCUUCCGUAUUGCUCAAAAAAUCAUGCCCCCACCCCCAACACGGAGCUCCUGCUCUAGCACCAUAUGUGAAGGGGACCCGACAUCAUCCACGUCAUCUGGGCAGCCCCUGUCUCGGACAAAAGCAAAGAAUUUAGAUGACCAUGUUCCUAGUUUGAAGAGGAAGCGAAUGGGGCUGCUGGGGGAUGGAGCAACCAGCCUGUGUGUGGAGUACGAUCAAGAGCUGAUCUCAUCAAGGAAGCAGCCCUUUGGGCUCCUGGAUGCAUUGGAGCACAAUGAGAAGAGCAGUGAAGGGGCGGAAGAUGACUGCUUGCCAGGAGAGGAAAAGGCAAAACGUUUAUCAACGCUCUCGCUUCAGUACGAGAAGAGGUUAACAGAUGAGCAGAAAGGAGGAAGAAAGAAAAUAAGAAUAGUCAACAAUCUGCAAGCUGACAAAGUAGCAGACCCUGCUGAGCCAAAGAAGACCAGGGCCACAUUGUUCAUUGCAACAGUAAAGCAAGCCCUGAGCCAGUUACACUAUGAUCUCUUCUCAAAGGCUCUGCAGCAAUACAAGAGGACUGAUGACUUCAAAGCCAUGUUAUCGCAAAUGAGCUCUCUUUUCAUGGAGGACCAGAAAAAGCAUAUCCUGCUGCGAGAAUUUUACCAGUUUGUUCGACCUCAGCAUAAAAAGCAGUUUGAUGAAGCAUGCUGUAGUCUGACUGGAGUGGGCUGUGGCUACAAACCUGAGCACAGCCUCCUGCGGGAGGAGAGAGAGGUGUUGGCCAAGAAGGCAGGGGAAAAGCAGUGUCUGCAGAAAACAGCAUUCUCAGAGGGUUCAUCCAGUCAGCUAAACUCCCAGCUACACCUGAACAAGGGAGGAUCCCACCUGACCUCUGGGCUGAAUAGAACAGGAGACAAUCACACCCAUAUCCCUAAGGAGGACCCUGAAGAGGCAUCACACUCUCUCAGACAGGACCAUCAUGAGCUAGUCAGGGCUACAUAUCUCAAUGAUCUGAAAAAUGCUUUGGACAAAAACAGUUACAGCCGCUUCUGUGCAGCGCUAUCAGCAUAUAAGAAGACCGAUGACUAUGAUGCUAUGGUGUUGGUGAUAGCUGCCCUCACCACUGAGAAGCCAGAGUACUUUCACCUCCUGCAACGGUUCUACAUGUUUGUACGUCCUCAUCACAAAGAACAAUUCAGACAGAUGUGUAAAGACCUGACUGGAAUGAGCUGCAGUGAGGAGAAGAAGAAAUUGCAACUGGAAGUGCAGGAGCCCAAGAGUCCUCUGAAUCUGGAGAAUUCAUGUUCCAAAGCAGAAAACAGUGAAACUCAAGAUAAAGCUGUCAGCCACACACCAGCUACUUUCAAGAGUGAAAUGCCAAGAAAAACCCAGAGCAAGAUUUUAUCCUUCUGCAGUAAUCAGAACAGGAAAACUGGCUCUCAAAAGACAGACACAUUGACAGGAUCCAGCAUCAUAAGAGCACCUACCAACCCACGCAGUUUGCAUGUCUUGCCCUUCAAUACGGAGCCAGAGUGUGGAAGAUUCCAGUGCUCUAAAUGCAAAUCUGAGGAUGAUGUGCCUUUUAAAUGCCAGUUAUGUACCUUUACUUGCUGCAAAACAUGCUGGGAACAGUUCUUAAAGAUUGCUAAAAGGUGCCCAGAAUGCCAAGCUACUACCAAGAGGAAGCAUUUAGCCCAGGUUUUUUUUCUGCCAUAACCUCCCUGACAAGGGGCAAGUACAUUGCGUCAGCACUGGUUAAAGAGCCAGCAGAAAAAGAGAUUGGAAAAAGAAGCAGGGUGCACAUUCCUUUACGGACCCUUGAUCUCAGCUUCUCGCAGCAUCAUUCCUCUCCUUGGCAAAACUCAUCAAACCCCAAAGACCUCGCUUCCCACUUCUCUUUCAGCAAGAGGGGAAAGAAGCAAACAUUGUCCUUAGAAUUGUAACGAAAUGGGGAUCUGCAUUUUUUAUGUGUUUGAAUCAGCAGAUUCUUGUGCCGAUAUGGUCCUUUUAAGUUGAACUUUGACAGCCUGGAGGAGGUUUUUAGUAAUUGCCUUCUCUCAAAUAUUUACUCAGUCCUGGAAAAUUUCCCAGCAGUAGUAGUGCCCGAAUCCCCUUUUCCAGGAAUACCAUUUUCCUUUGGUGACUUACAGAAGCUGUUGCUGCUAGGGAUUUCAGAGCUGUAAGGUGGUGAAAACCUUUUUAAAAAUCCAGUAGUUUUUACUGUGCAUCACUCGUAGUACAGACCAAACUCAUCUUGUGCUCAUUUAUGCCUUCCCUGCCAAUCAGAAGCCUGUUUCCUAUAUGGCUAUAAGUGCUGAAUGUUGCACUGAGCACGCUUCCAAAGAGGAUUCGGUUUCUUCUGAGGCACUUGCACACUCCUGUUGUGUCUGUACAGUUUCAUACUUGUGUUUUCAGAAGUGUAGCAGGGAGAGUGAAAGAACUAUUCAUGUUCUUUCAAAGUGAACGUACAAACUGAUUUUAAACUCCAUCAAGUUGGAAAAGAGAAACACUGAUAUUUUCACUCUCUGACUGGGGGUAUUCAUGUUUUGCUAAUUUAAGGAAUUGUAUCAAUUUUUAAAUCUUCAGUGGAAAAUCUAAAAUAAACUAAGUAAAAAUGAACCAGUUUGCACGUCCUGAGUGUAUUGUA